GAGAGAUUUCUUGUUUCUAGUUUAUAAAUACCCCUUCCUAUAGUUGACUGAAAACUAGAGAUAAAAUGGAGAGCGAAGAAACAAGAACUAGUGGGUGCCAUGUUAUUGUCAUCCCUUUCCCAAUACAAGGCCAUAUAAACCCAAUGCUUCAGUUCUCCAAGCGUUUAGCGGCUAAAGGUCUUAUGGUCACAUUUUGCACCACCACUUCCAUGGCCAAGCCCAUGCAAGCCUCAACCAAUUGCGUCCGCAUUACCACCAUUUCUGAUGGUCUAGAAGAAGGUGAGAAACUACAAAGCGUCGAUGAGUAUCUCAGGCAUUUCAAACCCGCCCUGUCACUGAGCUUAACUGAGCUCAUCACCAAUCAAAAUAGCACUCAUUGUCCUACCAAACUUAUAGUCUUUGACUCUCUUAUGCCCUGGCUUUUAGAGAUACCCCUACAGCUUGGGCUUCAGGGAGCUCCAUUCUUUACACAAUCCUGUGCUGUUUCAGCAAUCUACUACCAAGCGCAUCAUAGGUUACUGAAGUUGCCUCUAGAACAAGGGCUAGGAGUUCUGAAUCUGCCUUCGAUGCCCCCGUUCAGGAUCGAUGAUCUUCCCUCAUUCAUCUAUGACACGAGCUUAUAUCCAUCAUUAGGGAGCCUUUUCUUGCAUCAGUAUUCAAAUAUCCAGGAAGCAAAGUGGCUAGUCUUCAACACCUUUGACCAACUGGAAGAUAAGGUAUUGAACUGGAUGAGAAGCCAGUGGCCAGUGAAGACAGUAGGGCCAAUCAUCCCAUCAAUGUACUUGGACAAGAGACUAGAGGAUGACGGAGACUACGGCCUCAGCCUCUUCAAGCCAAACCUGGAUGCCUGCCAGACUUGGCUGGACCAGAAGGAAGCAGCCUCAGUUGUUUAUGUUUCAUUUGGAAGCUUAGCUUCCCUGGGAGAGGAGCAGAUGGAGGAAAUAUCACAGGGCCUGAAGAGAAGCAACGCCCACUUCAUUUGGGUGGUGAGGGAAUCAGAACAGCAGAAGCUUCCCACCAACUUAGUGGAGGAAACUACAGAGAAGGGGCUGGUGGUGAACUGGUGCAAUCAGCUUCAAGUACUCGCUCAUCAGGCGGUGGGGUGCUUCUUCACCCACUGCGGAUGGAAUUCGACACUGGAAGCCCUAAGCCUAGGGGUGCCUAUGGCAGCAAUGCCGCAGUGGACAGAUCAGACAACGAAUUCUAAGUUCAUUGCUGAUGUGUGGAAAGUAGGGUUGCGGGUUAAGAAGGACGAGAGUGGGAUUGUUCGUGGAGAGGAAAUCGCGCUGUGCAUAAGGGAAAUAAUGGAGGGAGAGAGGGGAAAUGAGAUAAGGAAGAACGCUCUCAGGUGGAAAGAACUUGCCAAAGAGGCAGUGGAUGAAGGAGGGAGUUCUAAUAAGAACAUUGAGGAAUUUGUUGCAGAACUUGCAGAAGUUGAGGGUGAUGCAUCAUGAGAGACAAUCUCCCCCCAAUAAUAAGAAUUUGCCUGUUGGAUUACUGUAUUUUGUUUUAUCAUACAAUAAUUAACCCACAACACUUCAUGCAUCAAAAUCUCACGACAAAACAAUAAAUUGCAACUAGAGCAGGCAUAAAUUUCCCAUUUU